AUGGGAGCAUGUCACAGCCAUCACAGUGUAUCACUCAAACACCUGAAGCUCAGCAACAGGGAGUAUUUUGAGCGCCUCUUUCAGUCUAGCAGUGGCGAGUUGGUCUGGUCCUGCUCCUACACUAAGUGGGUGCGCGGCCUUAAAAACGUGAAUGGCUUCAGUGAUAAAACAGACUUUUGCAGCAAUAGGGACACCCAUCGUCGUUAUGGCAUCCUCGUGAAGCCCGACAACACCGAUGGCCAGCACUUUGGUGUUCGGCUACCCUCCAUCUUUGAGGCUGUCAUAUCAACUAAGAAUUCGGAGGAUGUGGUCAUUGACGGACUGAACCCAUUUGCUGUUUUCAACACUGACAUGACAGUCCGGUGUUGGGACCCGUGGCCUGUCAUGUUUAAAGAAGCUAGCAUUAUCGGCUACCAUGACAACCUUGCUGUGCUUCAGCUGAAUCCUACACGUGAGGAUCUCACUGCCAUCUUCUAUGUGCUUGAUCUCGACCGCCACUUAUCGUUGGCCGAUUUCAGCAUUGCUUACUACCUCCGCCGAUGGUAUGAGUGCUACAUUUCGCCGCUGAAGAAACGCAUCUUGCUGCGUCCUGAUCAUUCGACACGUGUCCUUGUAAUACCCGAUAACUACUUGCUGCGAAAGAUGCGUGUUCACCCUUCCAACAACAUCACAAUCAGUACCGUAUCACCAACAUUACGUGCCAAAGUCUUGACGUUCAAUGCCCAGGCCGGAGACAACUGCAUUAUUGUCAGCUGGGGCCGAUGUCUUCAAGUGCAACAUAUUGAAUCUGGGGAAUCAGUAAGAUCAGUGGAAAAUCUCUCACUUCCUGCUGGCAUUCAACAAAUUCGAUCGAGUAAAUCCGGAGACUUUCUGGCUGUACGUUGUGUCCAACCUGUCCAUGCCAAGGAAUACAAAGUCAAUGUUGUUGGAGUGUUGGAUUACAGGAAACUUGAAGUCUUAAUGACCAUAGAUGUCAAGGGUUGCUACUGGCCAUUCUCCGAAGUGAUCAACCUACAGGUUUUCCCACGUUUCUCUCCAAGUGAAGCAUGCAUUGCCGUCAUGAAAAAUCUACCUUAUAAGCGACAAGUUUUCACAUACAAGUUGCCGGUUGUCCACCUCAAUUUACAGUAUUUGUGUCGAAGAAGGAUUUUACAUUUGGUGUCUAUGGAUGACGUGAAGAAAUUGCCACUUCCAUGUCGGCUUAUAGAGUAUCUUCAAUGCGUCACAGUAGUAUGA